GGGACGGCGGUGGGGACAAAGCAUUCAGCAGUGGCCCUCCACUCCAGGCUCAGCCUUGCACCGCACUCAAUCCCCCCGUUGGAGAGGAGAGUUCUCUUCACCUGCUCUUGCGCUCGACCUCGCGGUGGCGAUCCAGAACCCCCCCCUCCGAACCCACUUUGCGCAAUUCAAAGCAAUCUCGUGCAGCGUGGCAGAUACGGGCAUUCCGUCUUAAAGGGUUGUCUGACAUGGACACUCUCCUCCAUCCCCAUCUCUCAGAGCUCGACGUCAAUGAUGUGUCACAGUGCCACUCUUGCGUCAGCAUCAGUCUCGGUGUAAAGUUUCGUCCCACGGUAUUGUUGCCGAGAUGAAUGUCUCAGUCCGUGGAACACCUCCCCAUUUCCCUCCUCGACAACAGUCCGCCAGCUCCUCUACAAUUCGCUGGAGCCGCGUGGUCACGGCCCCUCACAUGCAUGCAUCCCAAGUGGAAUGAUAGACAAUGCUCGCCUCGAGGCGCCUCACACCAAUCGAGUCUGGUAGAAAGAAAGCUACAGCUGUGAUCCGAUGUGAUCACUUCAAACGAAUUAUUUUCUGGGGCUCUAUACUCAAGCGCAGUUCAGUGCGAGACUUCUAGCUACAUCAGUGUUGCAACGGGGCCAGGCAGACGUGGUCAGUAACGAUUCUAAACACACAUUUAGUGCGAGUACUACGCCAGCUGAGCUGCAUUUUGAAGGCUCAAUCUAGGUUUUUGCCUAACUGAUAUAAGGUUAAGUGGGCCGCCAGUGAGCGGAUGGCAUUGGUGAAUAGAUGGUUGGUGCUGGUAGUAUCAAUAUGGCUGCAGUCAUGCGCUGGAAUUGGGUAUGUUUUCGGAAGCUUAUCACCGGUGAUUAAGGUCUCCUUGGACUACAAUCAGAAGCAAAUUAACCGGCUGGGUGUGGCCAAGGAUAUCGGCGACAGCGUUGGACUGCUGGCGGGGUUCAUGUGCGAUUGGCUGCCAACAUGGGGGCUAAUCUUUGUGGGCGCACUGCAGAACUUUUUGGGAUAUGGAUGGCUUUGGCUCAUGGUCGUUAAACGAGUUCCUCAACUCAAUUUCGUCUGGGUAUGUCUGCUAAUAGGUGUUGGGACGAACGGCGAAUCAUAUUUCAACACAGCUGCGCUGGUCACGUCUGUGCGAAAUUUUUCGCAUUACAGGGGCCCUAUAGUGGGGAUCUUGAAAGGAUUCGGCGGUCUCGGAGGUGCCAUUUUUACGUGUAUAUACACGGCUCUGUAUGCCCCCGACCAAGCGUCCUUCAUAUUUAUGGUAGCAGUAUUGCCAACACUGGUGGCAUUGUUGUCCAUGUUUGUGAUCCAGCCAUUGCCCUUUGAAGCAGAACUAAGUACUGUGCAGGACAAAAAGUUCAAUUUUCUGUAUGGCAUUUGUUUAUCACUAGCCGCCUACCUGUUGUUCACCAUUCUCGCACAAGAUAGCACCGCGGCUACUACAAACACAGAUCGUUUCUUUGCAUUGGGAUUACUAGCAUUCCUUGCUCUACCCUUGGUCCUCGUUAUUCCGUCUUCCACGGGCAGGGCACAGUCCCCGGAAUCUGCCACAAGCUUCCAAAGCGAAGAAGGUCAGUUGAAAGCUCCUUUACUGGAGGAUAUCGAGACCAAAGCUGGUGCACCAGCAGGCAGUUACGAUGAUGGAGAGUCGUCUGCCGGCAGCAGCGGGAAACAGAAGCCAAAUGACGGGCAGAGUUUUGGAGAGAAAUCUCUGAACUGGAAACAGUCUUCCCGUUUCAAAGAAGAUUCCCUGCUCUUUAGCGAACUAGAAGAUGAGAAGGAGUCAUGGCCAGAGCCUGUGAGGAGUGAUCGAUUACGCAGAGCCAGUUCGCGAUUAUACCGGGCCGUAGCUGAAGGGGCCAUAAAGUUGAAGCGGAAACGGAAGGGCCCUCGUAGAGGCGAAGACUUCACAUUGAAGCAAGCUCUCAGAAAAGCAGACUUCUGGCUGCUUUUCUUCGGGUUGGCGUGCGGUGCUGGAUCUGGUUUGAUGGUAAUAGACAAUCUGGGUCAGAUUUCGCAGUCUCUUGGAUACAAGGACGCGCACAUUUUCGUUGCCCUGAUAAGUAUUUGGAACUUCCUGGGUCGCCUGGGUGGCGGUUACGUCUCUGAAGUGAUUGCCAGGGAGCAUGCAUUACCGAGGCCGAUUCUUCUGGCGGCAUCGCAGACGCUGAUGGCGGUAGGGCAUGCAUCGCUAGCGGUGGCCAUGCCUGGCGCGUUGUACGCAGGCUCAUUGCUAGUGGGCAUGGGAUACGGAGCACACUGGGCCAUAGUGCCUGCGACAGCGUCGGAACUGUUUGGUCUGAAGCAUUUUGGCAUAAUCUUCAACUUCUUGACCAUGGCGAAUCCGGCAGGGUCGCUUGUGUUCUCCGGGCUGAUUGCUGGAACUUUGUACGAUCGCGAGGCGAAAAAACAGCAUGGCGAAUUUGCGCCGGGAGAAGUGGAUGUGUUGAAAUGCGAGGGACCGGUGUGCUUCCGAGAGACGCUGUUCAUCAUGACGGGGAUGUGCAUGCUCGGCGUGGCUCUCAAUUGCCUCCUCGUUUCUCGCACGCAGCGCGUCUACACCAUGCUGUACUCCAAGCAACAAAAUGACGCAGCUGGGGAUGAUUCUGCAAAUUCUUCACAUCUUCCCUCUUAGACCCUCUUCGUUCCAGCCAUUCUAAGCCUCUGCAUUGCCUUGGCCUUUGCUCUGGUUUGCUUUUGUCCACGCCCUGGUUUCAUGUGCACAUUUUGUGUUUUGGUCGGGAAUUUGAGCCUGCAGUUCCCAUCUUCACCGCAACGCUCUAACAGGUAACCAUUUAAGCCACCGCAUGAGGGGAAUGGCUCCAAUUUAGUUCCCUGACCCUGGUUUUCAUGGAUCAUGCCCACUUGCAUGGCAUUGCAUUGCCACACUUUGCUCUUCGUUUCUCCUUCAUGUAUCAUACUUUCACUUAUAUUGCGCUAUUUCCCAUCUUAAUUGUAGUUCAUGUGUCCGAUACAUUCUCGGCGCGGUAAUGGCUUCACCCUGCGACAGACUGGGAAAUUCAAUUAUUCAUCAUCUCACAAUCGUGUAGAUGUACUUUUCAUAUUCUAAACCAAAUGUACAUCUUCAUGAUCGUGAGAUGAGUCACUUAGCGGUUGCAAAAUUACAUGGGGCUCAUGUGGAGUUAGAGGUUGUUCGACGGCAUCUUCAAGGCUUCACCUUCUAUCCUAUAUUCUAUUUUUAAUAAGAAAAUUCAACCUACAGUUAGAAUUUAUGAAAAUAGAACCUGAAACUUUCAAAAUUUUGCACAAAUCGUCAUGGAAUUAAUAUCUUCACUUGUCUUUAUGUCAGCUAUGUUAGGGGAUUUCCAAUUACAAGUUUGUAUCCUAAAUUUCCAUCUUAUAUGAACAAUAAACAGUGUUAAGCAUGGACUUUAUCA